GGCUUUUUGGCGCCAUCAAGCUCAUCGAUGGAUCGGACCGCGGCCGGUCCCGGAGCGGCGUGUUUGCUCACCUCGGCAGCCCCCCACGCAGUAGCCCGGUGCGAGAGCGACAUUGUUCAUAAGAGCAAAAAGGGUUGGUUGCCCGGGCUUUAAUGAGACGCCCUCCGAUACGACCCGUGGCGCAUACGAUACGACGACCAACAUGGGAGGUCCGGAAAAGAAACCAAUCCUCAUCAUCGGGGCCGGCAUCACCGGCCUAGUCCUAGCGCAGUACCUGCGCAAGAGGGGCGGCGAUGUGCCCUUCCGCAUCUUCGAGCGGGAUGCCGACCUGGCUACCCGCGGGCUCGGCUGGGGGCUGACCCUGCACUGGUCGCUCCCGGCGCUGCGGUCGCUGCUGCCCGACGAUUUGGUCCGGCGUCUGCCCGAGGCGUACGUCGACAGGGUUGCCGUCGAGGAGGGCCGGCCGUCGACCUUCCCGUUUUAUGACCUCAGCACGGGGGAGCUCAAGGCCAAGACGCCCACCGCGACCGAAUCGCAGCGGAUUAGGGUCACCCGCGAUCGGUUGAGGCAGCUGUUGGCCACCGAUCUCGACAUCCAGUGGGGGAAGGCAGUGAACAAUGUCGUGACUGCUCCAGACGGAACCGUCACAGUCAGCUUUGACGACGGCACUUCGUACGAAGGCAGUUUAGUGGUCGCCUGCGAUGGCGGCAGCUCCCGCAUCCGCGCCGCACUGUUUCCGGAGCACCCAAAGCACCGCAUCCCGGUGAGGCUGAUGGGCGUCAAGAUGGAUUGCUCUCCGGAGCAGAUCGAGCCGCUGCGGGCACUUGACCCCUACUUUCUCCAGGGAGCAGGUUCCCAGAACGACACAUUCGCAUACUUCAGCGUUCUCGACGCUCCGGGCAACAGCCCCGAAGGCAACGGAGGAAAAUACACGUGCCAGAUGGUGGUCUCAUGGCCGAUCCGCGAUGGCUUCUUCAACCAGAGCACGCCCCUCGAAUUCCCAGAGACAAACGAGGACAGGAUCGCGCUGAUCAAGAAGUUUGCCGGAACAUGGGCUGAGCCGUUCCGAUCGCUCGCACACAGCCUCCCGAGCGCCACAGAAGUCAAGUGCCUCGAUCUGUAUGACUGGCCGCCACUGAAGGGCCUGCGCACCACGGGCCACGUUGCUCUGGUCGGCGACGCCAUGCACGCGAUGGCCAUGUACCGCGGCGAGGGCGCCAACCAUGCCAUCGUCGACGUCCUCGACCUGGUGGAACUGGUCAUUUCUCAGCUGCUCGCUGGCGACCCCACAGCGGUGGAUCUACGGGCCGCUCUGGACCGCUACGAGAACAAGGUCGUGAGCAGAACCCGGCCGGCCGUCUUGGCGUCGCGGCAGGCCUGCGUCGACGCGCACGACUGGCGCAGGAUCAACGAGAACAGCCCGCUGCUGAGCCGGCGGAGGAUGGAUUUGGUGUUUGACGAGAGUCAGAUGAGCGAGGCUGCUUUGUAGGUUGCGAGUACCUAGUGCUGAGU